AUGCCGACACUGCUUGCCCCUGAUGCGCCUCCGAGCCUUGCAGUGGAGGUGGUGCCAAAGAGAAAGAGAAGGAGGAUGCAGCAAGAAGAGCCACGCUUUCAUGAUCCUGGUGUCCUUCUGGAGGCUCCAAACACAGGGGAGCGCAACUCGUAUCGCAUGGCGUUGGUGCACCCGCUCCGGCACCGCGAUCUCAUCGGUUCGAGGCUUCGGAUGGGCGCCUGCCUGGAUGCUCGACUCGAGCUGGUUGCAAGAUCCGUUUGCCUCACCCUUGGUGUGAAGAUGGAUGGCCAGCCCGCUUCAAGGGCAGCCACAAAGCUCGUGCUCCGCACGCUACGACUGGCUCGCGCUUUUGGCUUGAGGUAUCCCCGGGGACUGCCACGCAAGCAGGAUGAACCCGUGGUGUACAUCAACUGGACGUCGAAGGGCACACAACACGAAGAGGUGCUUGCUCAGUGUGUAGAUGCGGGCCCGCGUCCGACGAGGCUGUGCAGUCGGAGGAGCUGGCUAAUCCAAGCGUGCGUCUCGAUUUUGUCACUGCUGUCGUGUCAGGAGGUACUCUGUUUCCCCGGAGGUGCCACUCAGGCCGUCUUGAAGUGGAGGGACUUCAUUGUGGACUCUGUUCACGCAGCUGUUGAGGCAGCAUUGCUCUCCGCGUUGCAUCGGCUUCCCUUUGGCGCGGGCAUCAUCAAGGAAGAACUGCCCCUUUACAUGGAGACCCUUCUCGAGUUUUAUGAGGAGCUGAUGGCACUUGGCGAUGCGGACGAAGGCAGUGACUUGGAAGUGGUGCGCUGCCGCAGUUGGCGAAUCAAGUUUAAGCUCUCUUCCCCAUGA